AUGAUAAAGCUGAGUAUUGUACAUGAAGAACUUGUUGGAGCAAUCAAGGAUGCCGAGGAAGGGCUUUUCCAGUUAAAACGUGCUCGAUUAUUACAGGAAGCUGACAUUGUUCUGCAUGGUUUAAGUAAUGCUGCCGAAGUCAAGGAUGAGCCUGAAAAUGAGUUGGAGCCAGAGAAGAAGGAUUUGGAUGGAUCAAAAUGUAGAUUCCGGCACACUGAUGGCCGUUGGUAUAAUGGUCGCAUUAUUGGCUUUGAAGGCUCUGGUUCUGCAAAGAUCUCUUUCCUUACACCCACUUCUGAGAGUAUGAUGAUGUGCAAGUUUUUCUUGCAACAGAGGUGUCGGUUUGGCAGUUCCUGUCGUUUAUCACAUGGAUUGGAUGUGCCGUUAUCUUCUCUAAGGAACUAUGAACAGACUGAGUGGAAGCAGUCGAUGGUAGGCUCCAAGAUUUGGGCAGUUUCUGGUAGUAAAUUGGAUAUAUGGAGGGUUGGUGAACUUGAAUCAUGGGAUGAUAAGCUACAAGUAGGCGGAGUUGUUUUCAGAGAUGAUGGAAGCUCAGCAAAGCUAGGUUCUGAUGCUAUGGUAUUAUCAGAGUACGCUCAUAUGACUGAUGAUGAUGAUGGAGAAGAAGAGGAGGACGAAGAAGAAGAAGACGGGAGUGCUUCAGGCUCUGAUGAAUCUGUUUCGAGUGAUUAUGAUGAAGAGUUUACUCAAGGCAUAGGCAUUUUAGAAAGCACAAAUCAACCGAGAGGCGUCCAAACUGAGACCGCUAUAUUUGCUAAGUGGGAAAAUCACACCAGAGGGAUAGCUUCUAAGUUGAUGGCAAAUAUGGGUUACCGUGAAGGGAUGGGACUUGGCGUCUCUGGUCAAGGAAGAUUAGACCCAAUUGUAGCGAAAGUACUUCCACCAAAGAGGUCACUGGAUCACGCUCUUGAGCAUAUUAAGAACGGAGAAGUUAAAAGCGAGAAACAAAAGAAGAAAAGGAGCAGAGGUGGGAGAAGGAAACGUGAGAAGAAGUUUGCAGAAGCAGCUAGAGCAGCGAAACAGGAAGAGGAAUCAGAUUUGUUUAGUUUCAUCAACAACCAUGAGAAAGCAAAUGGCAGAGAGUCUGUGAAAAAGAGACAGAACAUCGGUCCAGUAGACAGGAAAGCUCUGGUUGCAUAUGACGACGAAGUCAAGGACUUAAAGUUACAAGUAAAGAAACUAGAAGAGAUGGUGAACAGAAAUAAGAAAGAUCAAAUCGUUUCAGAUGCUGCCACAAGAAGAUUGAAAGAAGUCCAGAAGGCGUUAGCUUCUACAUUAGCAGCUCAAGCAUCUGCCUCCAAUGCUGUAGAAAGCAAAGAGAAAGAGAAGAAAUGGCUCAAGUUUUAG